AUGGAUAUUGAUAUUGUUAAUGCUAUAUUACGAUUAUGUACUGAAAAACAAACAUGUCUAUUCGAAGUACCUUUUCUAUGUAAUUAUUGUCUUGAACAAAAUUUAUGUACGAAUCCUAAAUAUGUUCUUGCUAGUAUUAAAAAUUAUAUGGAAAUAUUUAAAAUUAGUCGAGAUAAAAAUCGUAUUGAAUUUAUUAUGCCUUUUGAAAUAUGCCGAAAUAAAUUUAUUGAUGGUAUUUGUCAAAAUAAUGAUAUAUUAUGUACAAAUCUUCAUCUAUGUUAUGAUUAUUUUUAUACAAAUUCAUGUCGUUAUUCAAUUAAUUGUCUAUAUCCACAUAUAUUAACAGAAAAAUAUCAUAAAACUAUACUUGGAUCAUUAAUUAAUCUUGAUUUAGAUCUAUUAACUAAAGCUUUUCGAGUUUAUUGUCAAUCUAAAAAACAUUUAGUAUAUCAUAAUUCAUCGAAAGUACAACAACAACAACAACAACCAAUUAUCCAUUCAUCUUUAAUUAAUAACCCAACACCAUCAUCAUCUAUGACAAAUAAUUGGCGAAUGAUACCAAAUUCACAAAUAAAUGGAAAUUCAUCGUGGAAAACAAAUAAUCGAUUACUUAUUACUUUAAGAACUCUUCCAAAACAACAAACAAUUUCUUCAAUUCCUGAAAAAGGUCUUCAAAUAUGUUGGAAACCACCAAAAAAUAUUCAAACUCAUUUUAUCGAAGUAAUUUUUAGUAAUCAAAUCAAGUCAGACGGAGGUCCAAUACAAACACAUAAAAUCUAUCAACAUUUAGGUGUUGCACAAGUAUUUUAUCAAAAUUUAGAUAUUGCUGAACGAGUUGCUCUUCAUGGAUCAAUAACAUUUCAAUCAUUUAGUUUUACAUCACGUCUUCUACAACGAAGAAUUGAUAAACGUCAUAUAUGUUUUUCAAAUAUACCUAUUGAAACAAAUCAUAUUAUAUCAUAUAUUGAUACUGUUUCAAUGCCUUAUAUGAAAAAUAAUAUUGAAUAUUAUCAAAAUGAUAAACAAAUAAUUAUUGUUGAAUAUAAUGAAGAUAUUGAUUUUUCAAAGAUUUCUUUAAAUGUUCGAAAUCAUCCAGAAUGUAAUGGAUUAAUAAUUAAUUGUAUUCAAUUAUAUUAUCCAGAAACAUUAUUAAUUGAAUAUGAUCAAGAAUAUUCUGAAGAUGAUAUUAUUAAAUUAUUUGAUAAGAAAAAAAUUUUUCAUAUUAAAACUUAUUCUUAUUGUUCUUUUGUACAUUUCUAUUCUCAUGAUGAUCUUGCACAAUCAAUUAAUAGAACAUUUGAUAAUUUUAUACGAGUGAUACCAAUUUAUAUUGACAUAUAUUCAGAACAUCAUUUGAAUGAUUAUUUGCAACGACGACAAAUGGAACUUCAACAAAAACCAGCUGUCACACAGACUAUUUCUCCAUUAAAUGAGACUAUGAAAAAUGAAUCAGUAUCUCCUACAAAAAAUAUUAAUCUAUCUUCUAUACCUCAACCAUCAACACCUAUUUUACCACCUCCACCUAUUAAUCAACAAAUAGAAAUUCCUAAAAAAAAAAAUGAACAAGUUGUAAAUAGUGAUGAAGAUGAAACAACAGGAAGUGAAGAUGAUUUUCAUGAUUUACCAUCGGAUUUUGAUAAUGAUGAUUUAUUUCUUGAUGAAGCAAUUGAUGAUCAAGGUGAUAUGGAAUAUCUUCGUAGUGCAGCUAAAAAUUUAAUGUCAUCAUUAACUGAAAUGGAAGAAGCUAGUGCAAAUACAGAGACAGAUGAUACACCACAUUCAUUAUUAUAUGGUGAUGAUUAUGUAAUUACAAUAAAAAGUCGUCGUUUUGCAUUAGCUUUUCUUGAUUAUACACAAUUUCGUGUUGAAAAACAACGUAAUCCAGAUAAAUUUCGUUUACUUGCAUCACUUAAAAAAUUAUCAAAUAAUAAAAAACGAUCAGAUCAUAUACAACAACAACAACAUGAUCAAAUAUUAUCAUCAACACCAACAAUUGAAAUAAAAACAAAUAAGAAAAAACGAAAUAAACGUAAUAAAAAGAAAAAAAAUACGAACAAUAAUGAUAAAGACGAUGAAAUCGACAUGACAAACUAA